GCCUUUUCUGAUGCUGAUGAUCUUGUAGAAUGUUGUUCAUCUUGCUCACCUGUUGGCUCUGUACUUUGCCGAAGAAGAGCAUAUGCUUAUACUCGCCCAGUCUCACACAUUUUUCACAACUUCAAGUUUCUUAAAGUGUUGGAUAUGGAGUCCAUUGUUAUUUAUUCUUUCCCAGCAGAGCUAGUUUACUUGAGGUAUUUUGCUGCACAAAUUGCUCAGGAGUCAAUUACAUCAUCCAUGACCAAUCUUUGGAAUCUUCAAACUUUGAUAAUCAAACCAAAGGAAGGAAAAUUGACACUACCCAUUACAGUUUGGAAGAUGGUUAAGUUGAGGCAUAUACAUAUUGACAACGCUUAUUUCAGUUUAAAUGAUGGGAAAGAAUUACUUGAGAAUUUAGAAACUCUUUCUUCUCCAAGUUUUUCUUGUCCGAAGGGCGUGGAGUUGCUAUUGAGAAAAACACCAAAUCUCCGGGAACUAGCAUGCUCAUUUGUAGAUUUUAAGGACGACCUUUUCCCUAAAUUGGAUUUUCCAGCACAACUUGAGACACUUGAGAUUCAUUUGGCAACAGGUUCAAUGAUAGAUGGUCCAUGCAACUUCCCUUCAAGUCUCAGAAAUUUGACGAUGUCCAGGUUUUCCCUGGGCAGUUGUCACGAAUCAAACAUUGCAAACCUUCCCCAACUUCAGGUACUGAGGCUGGUAGAUAUUGUCUUUGACAAUAAAGAAUGGAAAGUGAGGGAUGACGAGUUUCCUGAGCUCAUAGACUUGAAAGUAGAAGAUUGUGUCUUUUUUGAAGAAUGGAAUGUCUCAGACGAUGCACUUCCGAGACUACACCAUUUGGUUUUGCGUAAAUGCCAAUAUCUUAAGGUGAUCCCUGAUUGUUUCCAAGAGAUCUCUUCUCUAAAGUCCAUUGAGAUAAAGUGGUGCAAUAAAUCAGUUGAAAAGUCGGGUAUAGAUAUCUUGAGAACAAAAGUUGAAGAUUAUCAGAUUUCUGAUUUUAGGGUCUUCAUCAACUAGCACAAUUGGGUUCCCUUAUCAGGUUGUACUGAUCUGCUGUACAACAACAACAACAACAACCCAAUAUAUUCUCAUAAGUGGGGUCUGUGGAGGAUGAAAUAUACGCAGUCUUAGCCCUACCUUGGACGGGCAGAGAAGCUGUUUCCAAUAUACUGAUAUGUUGUGCAAUAAAAACAAUUCUCUCCAUUUCUCCAUUACUUCUUCCAGAGCUCGAUAAUGUAAAAAUUGCAUGGGGUGCCCUAUUUGGUCGCCCCCAUUUAACCUAUACCCACUUUUUAAAAAAGUUUUAACUUGUACCCACUUUUUAAACAACUUCAGGCCUCUUUCACCUCCUCCUUCGUUUUCUGAAUGCUGAAACUUGAGAUAUUGUUAUGCGUUUUAGCCUGAUGAUUCAUAUAUAUCUGCUUGUCCCAUUAUGUUCAGUUUGGUCUUAUUCACAAUAAUUUAACUUCUUAGAUAUUUUAGCUUUACACGCACAUUGGUUUUUGGUUCUAAUUUAUCUGUAGUAACUUGUUUUCA